AAAUCAAACUAAGCUUAUCUCUGUGUGAAAGACGUCGCUGGGUGCUUUAUACCACGAAACUAAACACAAUUAUCUUUUAUAAAACGAGUGAUAACAAACAAUGGCUACAUAUUUGAGCCUUGUUUGCGAGACCUAAUCCUAUUGUUUAGCAGAUCAUCUCCUGUUAAGUCGUCAAUAUUUCUUUGCACAUCUUGGUAAGUUUACAUGGUCCCACGGUUAUGAAGAAUCUAUGGGUGAUUAGACCUGUCAUCCCCAGGGUAAGAAAGGCCACGAAAAGGGGCGGAUCCCUGGAAUUCCGUACCUAUGUCGGUGUGUCUACGCUGAGCUAUCAGAACCCGUUCCCACGCUAUGCUACUUGUGAAUAAACUUCUUCAAUAAAGUGCUUGUAUAACAUCAACCAAUCAUCGCAAGUUUUACUGUGAAUCUCGGCACGGUGUACCUUCACACAGUAUCUAAACAAAUCAAAUCACGGCUUUCACACGAAGGCCUGGAAUGUGUGUCAAUUUUUUUCUCACACUGUAUCUCGCCGUCAAAAUCACACAUUGUGCCGAGCGUUGCCGACAUGAACGGGACGGGUGUGAAAUGCAACCAAAUUCAAAAAUAUUUCCUGGAUGUUGUACGGAACGGUGACUGUGAUGAGUUACAGAAGAUCCUGGAGAGUCGGGACGAGAAGAUCAACAUAAAUCUGUAUGACAAUGAGGGCCAGACAGCCCUCCACCAGUCCUGUUUAAUAGGCAGUCUCAAAAAAGUCCAAAUCCUGGUCAAAUUCGGUGCUGAUAUCAAACUGGCCAACAGGGACGGGUGGAAUGCUCUCCACAUCGCAUCGUUCGGGGGUCACCAGGAUAUUGCCCUUUAUCUGAUAUCGACCAAGAGCAGGACUAAAACAAUGUCCACUAGUUCGGACUCCUAAGGUUCUCCCUCUGUGUGUGAAUGUGUGUGAAUGGAAUAUAGGACAUGUCUGGAGAAUUCUGUGAUUAGUAUCAUCUUCAUCACUCUCUUUGAGAACAGAAACAAAACAGAAGUUGGUAAAAGUGGUGUGGCAUUUUCAUUCGCUACCUCAUCAUGUAUACGUACGUCAGGGUGUGUCCAUAACAGGGGUACCCUCGUGUGUCUUGUGUAUGAACGCUUUAGUCUUCGGCCAGUACAGCGCAGUAAAAUGGCGAUACAUCGGAUACUGCAGUGAGAACGGACUGCAGAAGUCCCCUGAUACAUGCUUUGUGAUAUAACUUGUUACUGACUCGGAGUCAACUUUUUUUAUUAUUAUAUUAUUUUGUUGUUAUUACCUUAACCAGUUGUUACAAAAUAUUAUUAUUAUUAUUAUUAAUAGAGUGUAAAAUAACAGCACUUAUUAAAUAUUUUCCAAAAAUUGAU